AUGUUCGUCGUGCUCUGGAGCGCUACGGGACUGCUAGCACUCGCCUGGUGGAUCUGCAAGCAGUCGUUGAGUAAACGGGCCUUACCGUAUCCCGUGGUAGGCGAUCCUCAAGUACAUUCGUUUGAGGAGAACCUCAUCAAGGGGGUGCAGCAGUAUCGCGACUCACCCUUCGUCUUGGCUGGAUCACGCCCACCACUACUCAUCCUGCCAAUGUCUGUCUUUCAUGAAAUACAUAACAAGCCAAAUGAAUACAUUUCCAUCAUUGCUGAGCAUGAAGACAAGUUUCAGGGCAAGUAUACCCACAUCACUACCAUCAGACCUGAGAUACCCGCCACUAUUCGUCAGGACUUAACUCGCAAUAUGCCCAAUAUCAUACUGGACUUCCAGGAUGAGCUAGCAUAUGCCUCCAAGCAGUGGUCCUGGACAAGCAAUUGGUCCUCAGUCCGCUUGUACGAGAUGAUGCUCAGGACCGUGGCACUUUUGAGUGGCAGAGCGUUUGUUGGUCUGCCCUUGUGUCGCGAUGAAGGCUGGCUACAAGCCACCAUAGGCUACACUGUUCAAUGUGUCUCAAUUCGAGAUCAGCUGUUCACCUGGAGUCCCGUGCUGAGACCAAUUAUUGGCCCGUUUUUACCCAGCGUCCGUUCGGUGCGAAGACAUUUACGCUUCGCAUCAGAGAUCAUGGCUCCUCUGAUCUCGCAAGUUUUACAAGAUGGAAGGCAAGAUUUGGCAGAUGCACCACUGGCAGAUCAGACUAAUGGGCGAGGUAUCUUUAUUUCGUGGCUUCUUCGACAUUUACCUACGGAACUUAGAACCCCCGAGCAAGUCGGGCUGGAUCAAAUGCUGGUCUCGUUCGCUGCAAUCCACACUACUACCAUGGCCCUCACCAAAGUAGUAUGGGAGCUUGUUAAGCGGCCGGAAUACAUCGAACCGUUGAGGGCCGAGAUACACGAUAUCUUUGGACCUUAUGCCGGUGCAGUAGACAUAUGCGUCAACAAAGAGGCUCUUUCUAGGCUCCAUAAAUUGGAUAGCUUCAUUAGAGAGGUCCAGCGCUGGUGCCCUUCAUCUUUUGUCACCCCAAGUAGACGUGUCAUGAAGUCAAUGACGCUAUCAAACGGUAUCAAGUUACAGAAAGGGACGUCCAUAGCGUUCCCCGCCCACGCAAUUCACAUGUCAGAAGAGAUACCAACAUUCUCGCCAAGCUUUAGCUCUGACUUCAAGAACCCUUCCCCUCUCAUAUUCGACGGGUUCCGGUACUCGAAUCUCCGAUCUGUCAAGGGACAGGAGUCGCAACACCAGGCAGCCACCACAGGUCCAGACUAUCUGAUCUUCAACCAUGGAAAGCAUGCAUGCCCUGGAAGGUUCUUUGCCAUAUGUGAAAUCAAGAUGAUACUCAUAGAACUGUUGACGAAGUAUGACUUCAAACUCGCAGAUGGAGAUCCAGGGCCUGAGCUUUUUCGUACCGGGACGGAGACUCGACUAGAUACUAAAGCUUGUCUCGAGAUAAGAAGGAGAUGA